AUGGCAUUAAAUGCAAGCAAAGAAAACUUAAAAAAGCGAAAAUACAUAAUAGCCGUAAUUGUUGCUGGGUUAAUUGCUCUUCUUUUUAUAGCUUGGUACUUAUUGCAAUUUCGGUCUAGCUCUCUAGAUGUUAAAAAACAAAUUGCGGGCGCAGCAGCCGGUAAUAGUAAAAGCGCAGAAGAGGCGCAGAACAUUAGGUCACUAUUGGUUUGGAUAGGACAGAGGGCGAAUAAUACAAAAUUUUAUGACAGAGAAGAACUGCCAUUAAAUUCACUUAAGAGAAUGACAGAAGAAGGGGAAAAGAAUGCAAUUCAAAAAAUAGAUAAAAUGAAAAGUGUUAUAGAGUUACUUUUAAAGGAGUAUGGAAGGCCCAACAAAAAAAGUAACCAUAAAAACUUACAGGGCGUUAUUUACAAUGUUUUAAAGGACAAUUAUAUGCUUAGAUGUUUAUUCUUAUUAAUGGACAAUCCUAUGGAUACUAUACAUAAGAUUGGUCUGCUUAACGAAAAUAACAAAUGCACUGGUGACUGUCCAUUGAAGGCAUUAGAAUGGUUAUUACUUGGCCAUGAUAAAAAAACUGUGUCUUUAUUCAAUAAGAUCAUAAAAAAUGAUAUAAAUGACGCGGACUUAAACAGCAAAAUGACAAGAAUUAUUGAACUACUUCUAAGAGUUGUCAUUACAAAUCCACCACAAGCAACUCGUAGAAGAGAAUUAAAACAGCAAAAAACACUUCCUAUGAUUCUAGACGAAAUUGAUAAGGACAAAACCAGAUUUAUAGAAUACAUUGAUUUAAAGAAUUCUAUAAGUUCAAGGGCGUCUCUACAUAGCAAUGCCAAAAAAGAAAGGUUUGCAGAAGUGCAAGAGUAUAGAAACAACGAUAAAAAUCACUUUGCAACUGAAGAAGAAACAACAAUGACAUCUAUUGUAUCUUUAGUAGCGCAUGUACAGCGAGCUGCAGCUAUAGACAAUGUUGAAUAUUUCAAUGGUUUAAUCGAAAUGGGAAAUAAUAGUGUAAGGCAUCGCGGGUUCUAUUCAAUGGUUAAUAAUAAGAACGAAAAUCAUCUUAUUUUCUUUAUAGAAUACAUUAGGGCAUACAUUGGCUCAACAGAAAAAUCAUCGAGUGAUCCUAAGUUGUGCAUUUUUAUACAAUACUUAGACAGAUUUUUAAAAGAGGUAGACGCAUACUCAACUGUGGACCAGAUAAUGAAAUCAAAAAAAGUCAAACAAAUAGGCGACUUGCAGAAAAUUUCUACUGGUCAUUUAGACAAAAUUGAAGAAGUCAUCAAUUUCACUGACAGGUUGAUUUCUUUAGUAUCAUUAGAGGUAGAUUAUAUCUUUUCGAAAAAGCAGCACAGGUACAUUUUGUAUGAAUUAGCCAAUUGCUAUCGGUCUCUUGUAGAAACCAAUGUGUCGAUUAUACCUAAGGAUUUAAUGCUAACUCAUAUUCUUAUGAAUUCAAAUGAAAUAAAGGAGUUAUUAAGUAAAGAAAAAGCGAGCAAUAAAGAAAUGUAUGUAACACCCGCGCCAAACCCACGAAUGAACCUACUCCUGUCAUCAGACAAGAAAAAGGGAUCUGCACCCAUAAAUGUAAUUUCAAGGGCAAUAGAGGUGUAUGCAUACGAUCUUUCUUAUGCAAUGCAGAUAUUUAAUGAUCCUCAUCGCGCUAAUCGCAAAAAGUAAAGUAGAUUGCAUAGAUUGUUCUAUAUAUUAUUAACUCUGUAUAAUUUCAAGUUUUAUAGAUAGACAAAUGUAAUAUAUAGAUAUGCCAAACAUCCUGGUAUUUGGUAGUUAUUAUUUAAUAUAAGCCAAAAAUUCACUGAAUAAAUGAAGAGCCAGC